AUGGCUCGACCCAUGCUCAGCACCUCCCGCAUCAUGUGUGCUCGCUCGUUCACUUCCACCCGAACUCUUUCGCAGGCCACUCAGCUCAGACACAACAGUCUCUCACUCCAGCCCGGAGUCAGAGAAGCGGACGAGCGACGACACGAGCCUACUGUCGGCUCCGAAGGCAAAGGCGUCGAAGGCCCACACCCCAAAGGCAAGUGCUUCCAGUCUCAUCAAACAUCUGCCAAUGCGUUGAGUGAUGCGACCGGUCCUUGGACUUUGUUCAACCCCAUCUACACGGACAAGAUACGCCAACCUCUUCAUUUAUGUACCUCUCUGAUGCCCCAUCAGGAACUCAAUACCGUCCAAGUCAUCGAACGUACACCCAUCACCGCUGGCGAUAAGGUUGCCAAGGGCAUCGUCAAGUCCCUACGCCGAGUAUUUGAUGUCAUCACUCGCUACACCCCUUACGAAGUCCCAGAAUCCGUUCUGAAACAGAACCCCAUCCCCAUUGCGCAGCUACGCGCGGACGGCAAGCUGCUUUCCGACCACAAGUGGCUCUUCCGCAUCAUUCUUCUCGAGUCUAUCGCUGGUGUCCCGGGGAUGGUUGGGGGUACGUUGAGGCACUUGAGGAGUAUGCGACUUCUGAAGAGGGACGGUGGCUGGAUCCACACUCUAUUGGAAGAAGCAGAGAACGAGAGGAUGCACCUUCUCACGUUCAUGACUAUAGCCCAGCCCAACUGGUUCACCCGAGCCAUUGUCCUCGCCGCCCAGGGCGUAUUCUACAACGCAUUCUUCCUCAUCUACCUCUUCUCCCCCAAAGUCGCCCACCGUUUUGUUGCCGCCUUGGAAGAAGAAGCUGUUCGCACCUACACCCACUGCGUCAAAGAUAUGGAGUCUGGCCUCAUUCCCGAGUGGCAAGACAAGCCUGCACCUCGUAUCGCCAUCGAUUACUGGAGGCUACCAGGUGAUGCCAAGCUUCUUGAUGUCAUCAAAGCCGUCAGAGCGGAUGAGGCUACGCAUAGGUUUGUCAACCAUUCGUUGGCGAAUCUCGACCAGAAGAGGGAUUUCAACCCGUUCGCUUUGGCUGAGGCGAGCCCAGAGGACCGUGGCCUCAAAUGGGGCUAUACUCGAGAAGAGUCGGUGCUCUUUGCUCAGCGACAGCAACAGAAGUUGAUUGAAGAGUCUACACAAAAGACCCACUGA